CCCCGCCCCUUCUGUUCUCGGCUCGCUGCAGCACAAGGACUGUCAACGCACCACGCAACUUUGCUCAGUCACUGGAUUUUACUUCACUUUUGAGUACAAAAACUUAGUUUUCUGAGGUGUAACGUUAUUAGAUCGGCCUCGGAUGAGAUGGAGGUUUAGGAGGGCUGAUUGUCAUUGAAAAGAGUAAGAUUUGGGUCAUAUUUAGUGUUUGAUGGCUGCUGGGGAUGGAGCGCAGCUGCCGGCGACCGUAGCGGCCAGCAGGAGCGUGGAGAAGGCGCUGGAAGAGGCUGCGUCCAGCGGAGCGCUCAUCCUCUCCAAUCGCAAACUCAAAGAGUUCCCCCGCACCGCCAAGAACUAUGACCUGUCCGACAUCACACACGCAGACCUGUCAAAGAACCGGCUCUGUGAGGUGCCAGAGGAGGUGUGUCAGUUUGUCUCUUUGGAGACGCUCAGCCUGUACCACAACUGUGUGCGAUCCCUCACACCCAACCUGUGCCAGCUGCAAGCCCUCACCUACCUCAACCUCAGUCGUAACCAGCUGUCCAGUCUACCGCCGUCAGUAUGUCAGCUCCCUCUCCUGCGGGUGCUCAUCGUCAGCAACAACAAGUUAUCAGCCAUACCGGCCUCCAUACACACACUCAUACACCUGCGACAACUGGACGUGAGCUGUAAUGAGCUGCAGUCACUUCCUGUUGAGCUCGGCCAGUUAGAAUGUUUAAGGGAUUUAAAUCUGAGAAGAAAUCAGCUUACAAUUUUACCAGAAGAGCUGUCAGAGAUGCCGCUUGUCCGUCUGGAUGUGUCUUGCAACCGCAUAUCGCACGUGCCUGUGUGCUACCGUCAUCUCCGGCACCUCCAGAGCAUCAUUCUUGACAACAACCCCCUCCAAAUGCCCCCCGCCCAAAUCUGCUCCAAAGGAAAGUUCCACAUCUUUAAAUAUCUGAACAUGGAGGCCUGCAAAAGGACUCAGGACCAGUUUGAGAAAGCUCUGCGGAACACCGCCUUCAACAGCUGUCUGGAUCAGGACCUGUUCCCCGGUCAGUAUGGUGGCCUGGAUUCUGGCUUUAACAGCGUGGACAGCGGUAGCAAAAGAUGGUCAGGAAAUGAGUCUGCUGAUGAUUUCUCGGAACGGUCGCUGCGAUUGACGGACAUUUCCCGAGAACACACAAAUUUUCAGGAGGAAGAGGAGAGAAAUAUAUUGCUAGAUACACCCAAAGUGAAUGGAGACCUGGAGCAAGUGGAUUUUAUAGACAACACUGUAACGGAGGAAGAAGAUGAGAGGUGUCACCCCCCACAGGAAAAGAGUGAAAGUACCAGCAGCACACCCUCCCAGAGCCCUGAAUCUACAUGCAGCAGGAUAUUUGUGAUUGGAGAUGGUUCAGACUCCGGCUCACCACCCAGUCCCACAUUAGAAGAGAGAAGGAGACCGGGAAACCUGCUCAUCUGGCAGGAGAGAGAGAGAGCCCAACAGCAGAGAGCCCGAGCUAGCACUUUGCAGAAGUUGACUGUAAAAACAGGAAGUAACUUGGCGACGACGUCGAAGCACGGAGGAACAGGAAGUGUUUCAGGUGGUGAUUCUGAUAGCAACUCUCCACCCAAUGGCCUGAAGCAGAGAUGUGCAAGUGUAGAUCAGGUUUCUCCAUCCUCUCAAUCGGGGUCUUUACAACGCUCCAUCAGUCGCACAGAUGCGUCCUCUGCGAAGCCCUGUUCUCCUCCAGGUUCUGCUCCCAAACCCAACAGCUUUUUAUUCCGCACAUCCUCACGCUGUAACGUCAAGACGGGAUCAGGAAACAGUUUGGCGGAGUCUGGCCGCAGUGACUCCCGCUCCACACUCAGAUCCCCUCGAGAGGAGAGAACAGACGUCCUGCAGCUGUGCAAAACUCUGGAGUCUGGUGUUAUGUUUUCUUUGGGUUAUGGUAUGGGAGUUGUGUUGUGGAAUGGCACAGUUCUCUGCCAGUUGGCCAAUCACCUACGACCUCGUUCUGUGCCAAUCAUCCACAUCCCCUCACCGGCGGUGCCAAAGCUGAGUGCUGCCAAGUGCCGCCUCAAUGUCGAAAACUUCAUUGCUGCAUGUCGUAGACUGGGAGUCCCUGAGAUGGAGUUGUGUUUAGCGUCUGAUAUCCUGUGCAGUAAGCUCUCUGCAGUGCACCGCUGUGUGACGGCGCUCCUGGCAAAAGCAGGAGGAGAGGAGGAGGUGAACGAGGACGACGGCGGCACCUCUCCCUCUGUCUCUCCUUCCUCCCCUUUUUCCACCGGCUUCCUGCUCUUCUACUCUCUCCUCAUGGCUUUGCUCUAUCUGUUCUACUGCUACCUUACAGCAUAGUGUGAGCGAGUAUCAAUGUGUAAAUGUAAUGGAUUUUAAAGUCCAUCAUCUCUGUACUGUGUACACUGUCACACACACCGUUGACGCCGUCUGACAUUUAUAUAUAUAAAUAUAUCAAAGCAAAUUUCUUACCCAUAAUGCCUUUGAGCUUACUCGUUAAAGCUCCAUACAGAUAUCUUAAAAGGUUAGUUGUAGGUCUUCAGAACUACAGUAGUGAAAUAUUGAAAUAUAUUACAAACGAUCAAACGUCUUGAUCAAAUAUCCACAUUUUUCCACACCACAAUGCUCAUAAACAGCUCAUUAAUGGCCACACACUGCUUUUUUAUAUAGAGGAUGUGGAAUUCAUCUGUACAUAGACAUGGUUUCCACUAAUGAAGGGCUUUUCCACCUGAUUGCCUUAGCAUCACUGUUGAUCCCAGGAUAGUUUAGACACAUUCUAGUGGUCUUUGCAAGGGAUCUUGUUAUCCUAAGAGUUUUAAAGCACUGGCACAAAUUCCCCAUCCCUUUUUUUUAAUCUCUUGAAGGGCUUUAAAAUGACUUGUAUUUGGUCCUCAUUGAAGUGCCUCAGAAGCUUGUAGGUUCCCUCUGUUCACGCAGCAGUGCAAAUUAGUUUGUAGCAUCUGGUAAACAGUCUGUUUAACAGUGACUAACAGUGUGGUGAUGGUACUUCUCAGCUGAAUUUGCUUUAAUUCACACGUUGUGGAAAUCUGUUAGGGUCAGGGCUGAGUGGAUUUUUUCGCUUUCCUUUUCUUGUUUUGUUGACUGUGACCAUCAGAGGGCAGUGCUGUUACUAAACUGUUCCUUAAACACUUUUUGACGGUACUAAUAUGAUUCAAAGCUGUGUUAACUUGUUCCUUUUUUUUUGUUUUGAAUGUUCCUUUUGGUUUUCUUGAGAGCAUCUUUAAUAUAAUUCUUAUAUGCAAGCGGUUGAAGAUUAAGUUAUUGUUUCAGUUUAUUUAUGUUCUGCUGAAGCUGCAUUUGGUGGAAACCCAGUCUCAUUGAGCACAUUACGGAAAUUUGACUAAUUAAAUUGAACAAAUUAAUUGAGUACCGGUAAUAUAAUUUAGAUGAAGCUGGAAUUUCUUUUUUUUAAAUUUGCAUGUGUGGAUGCACAAUAUGGCAAUGCAGACAUCGCCAAAUGACAAAUUGCACCAUUUUUUAAAUUAACGAUGAAACGGCUGUGAGUUAUGCUUCUCCACAGCCUUCUUCGUCUGCCGUUUCCUGUUUCUAAAUGCGGCCGUAGUGGUUUUGUAGUCCUGUAAUGUGCCAUGAGCACCCAUCUUCCCCGGUGCUGUAUGCUGAUGUUGCUUUUGUAUUCCGUGCCUACUUAAUGUGAUUUAGGAGCUUUGCCGACAGUUUACUAACGAGCAGCUUCUCAUCUGGAGAGAACGAUAAGAGGAGAGAGAGAGAGAGAGACUGGGAAAUAAGGCUAGGUGAAGGGAUAUGCUAUAACUAGUUACCAACACAGCGUCCCUUACCCUACGAUGUCUUAAACAUAUUUUAAGAGGGUUUGUUCAGGAGUAAGUUGAUGAGGUUUUUAUAAUAUUGUAGAUUGUUGUCAAUGCUAAAGCUAAUCGUUAUAGACAUUUUCAUUUAAAAUGUCCACUCUGAUAAUAAACUCAGACUUCACAUUUAGCAUAGAUAGACUUCCUCACAGUUGCUUGAGAAGCUUCAGCCAUAUAAAAAAAAUAUUGUGAUGUGAACAUGUUGAAGGGUUUUAUAGAGGAGACAUACGCUAGACUCAGUUUAGAAGGCACUAGAUCUACAUGAAUGUUUCCGUCCAAAUGUUACCUAGUGGAAACUCUUGCAACACAUGAAAUGUAUUUUGUGAUAUUUAUAAAAUACUGUGUAUUUAAGAAAUUUAUAUUGAUAUAAAGAUUUGUUUUGUCUGUAAAGAAAUUAUUAAAAAACUGAAACACUGAUUUUUAUGUUUUGUCUGCUGCUUUACAUGUGCUUUAGUCAAAUGUUCAUGACUGACUGUUGCUCUCGCUCAUGAUUAAUUCUGCUUUAGUUCUUUCUCUCUCUGCUGAGGAUGAAAUCCUCACGUCAGCUCGUCUCUGUAGCUAAUGAGUCCAGAUAUUCUGUGCCCUUUACCAAAAGGUAAGUGUUGAUCCAUUGUGUGGGUAGUAGAAAACAAAGAAAAAGAGAAGUAUACACUAUGCUGCACAGUGGGGUCCAAAGUCUAAGACCACAUUGAAAAUAUUUUUUCCCCCACAGACCUGUGGACUGUAGACUGCUGCUUCCGUUAAAGGGAUCCUAUUAUGCUCUUUUACAAAGUCUUGAUUUUGUUUGUGGGUGUACUAGAACAGGCUCUCAUACUAGGUUGUUUGAAAUACACAUUAUUUUUCACACAUUUUACAUUAUUACAACACCUCUCUCCCCAGUCUGGCAUGUACGGCUCGAAUAGUUCCUGUAUCAAAUGAAGGCCCGCCUUCUGAAAUACGAGAUGUUCUGUGAUUGGUUAGCCGGGUCCCGUAUGUUCUGAUAAUAAAAUAUCUCCUUUUGAAUUGGACUUUGAGCUUUAAAAUUUGCAAAAAAAAAUUUAUGCUCAAACAGCAACAUUACAGACUGACUAAAGUUAAAAAAGUGAAAAAACAUAAUAGCACCCUUUUAAAGCAAAAAAAAUCAUUUUUUUUUUUUUCAAUUCAGAUUUUUACUGAUUGCUAAAUAUAAUAUUUGCUUGAUGACAGAAUUGGGGGAAAGAAAUCUGAAAAAUGCUUUUUGAGACUUGUGGACCCUAGUGUGUGCUUGUUUAUACUGAAAGCUAGUUUAUACUCUACCGUUCAAGAGUUUGGGGUUGAAAGAAGUUUCUUGUGGUCAGCAAGGCUGCAUUUAUUUGAUCAAAAAUACAGUAAAAACUGAUAUUUUGAAAUAAUAGAACUGUUUUCCAUUUUCAGCAGUCAUUACCCCAGUCUUCAGUGUCACAUGAUCCUUCAGAAAUCAUUCUAAUGCUGAUUUGCUGUUCAAGAAACAUUUGUUAUGAUCAGUGAUGAAAACAGUCGUACUACUGUACAUAUUUUUGUGGAAACAGUGAUAAGUUUUUUUCAUGAAUAGAAAGUUCCAAAGAACAAAUUUAUUUGAUAGAUAAUAUCUUCAAUGUGUCAUUAUUGAUGUUGUUACUGUAACUUUUGAUCAACUGAAUGCGUCUGGUAUGCAUACAGUACAUGCUCGUAUAAAAUGCAAUGUUCUUAAGAGUUUUUGAUAUAUAACUGUACAAUAGAACUGUCCUUUAGAUGAAAAUAUAUUACCACCCAUCAGCACAAACAACUUUACAAACCCAAGAACAAAGAAAAUAAGUAAGCAAUUAAGUGUUCACACACUAAGUUAACACAACCAGCUAUUACUAGUCAUAUAGUGACAAUGGAGCUUUAGCUCAUUCUACUUUUCAAACACAUUGCUUAUUAUUUAAAUGCAACGGUUCAGGUUUUGACCAUAGACAGUGACUCUGCAGGAAGUGUUCGAAAGAACUGUAAAGCUGCUUCAAGCGUUUGUACAAUUAAUCAACACUUAAAAUAGAUGAAUGUCAUUCCCCCUUUUUAAAUCAUCAAAGACUUUCUUCCUAGCACACUUGCCAGUGUUACAGUGUAAAUGCACUGAUUAGGACGCUAUCAGACACUGAAAUCAUGUGAAGCACCUUAUCUGCGUACAGGCGUACUUUCAUCAAGCAAUUAUUUUGGUCACUUCUGUACUCAUUAAACUGUGUCAAAGCAGGCGAGUGAAUACUUACGUGCUCAUUUAAUUUCUGUUUAUUAUUUUUAAUUAUUUAUUAAUUAACUGGCCAGCUCAUUUUUCACUUUGACAUUAUAAAGUGCUUUGUGUUCAUAGGGGAGAACAGUUGCUAUUAACCCUCUAUGGUGUCGCUUUUUCUUGUAAUUAUGGAACAUAAAAAAAAAUGGCUUUACCAUUAGAGAAAAUCUAUUUUCAUUUCAGAAUUCUCCUAUAAUUAAGCAUGUGUUUCUUUUAUGAAUUGAUGAAUUUGUGCAUUUGGAACUACCAACUCUUUGUUUAUAAUACUAUUCUAAAGUAGAGUCAUCAUGCGCUCUUAUUGACGGUAUUAUUUAACUUUUCUGAACACAUGAAUCACAUAAAUCAUAAUUGAGUUCUAGAUUAUUAUAAUUACAAAAAACCCUUCCAAAUAAAUAAUUCCAGUAAUAACUGGUGCCCCUAACAAUAAAGAAAUUCAUCACUGCCGAUUGCCAUAUGGCUGCAUUCAUAUUUUCUCAGUUUACUGUAAAGCUGUAUUAGUAAACUUGACAAUAUAUGAGCAUAAACACCCAUUUUAACAGAGAAGCAGCAAAAACCCAGAUGCAGAAGAAAUGUUUUUAAUGGGGCAACAAGAAGAGCUCUUGAGCAUGUGUUGACCCCUAUUAAAAAACGAUUUACUUGUCUUCAAAACGACAUUAUUGGCUUCUUUAAAGACUUAUUUUAAUUCAAAUAUGCCACGCCAAUGUUUUUUUUUUUUCUUCUUCUUCUUCUGAAAAACAAGACAGUGAAUUGUUUCCAUAUGGCCACAUGGCACAAUAGAGGGUUAAAAACAAUACGUUCACACUGUAAUACUGCUGCACUUUUAUUGUGUUAAAGCAAUGAGCUUACUGCAAAAUCCGAUACAUACUGCAUGUGAUAUACAUCUUGAAUAUGGCAAUAAAAGCCUUUUAUCAAAUGCAACUCAUACAUAAUCUGUACUUAAUGUAUGCAGCUAAGGUUGACUGAACUUAAUAAUUGGAACGCAUGAUGAAUUUUCAAGAUGGUGAAGUGCUGGCUUGUUAUGCUCCACUCACUGUACUUCACCCUGGGAUGAAAUAGCAUCCUCUCUGUGAAGUGCUAUAACUGCAUGGCUGCGUCUCUGAGAGACGGUGUCUUAAACGCCACUGCUGUGCGAUAGCCUCUGCAAUUCAAAGAAAUGAUUUUGCGAUCAAGUGCUGUGCUGCAUGCAUUGCCUGCCCUUCCUAUAUCACGUGUUUCAGACUGUCACAAGUGCCUCUCGUUGCCACUUUGCUUAUGUGAUCAUGUCUGCAUUUGGGGAGUAUCUUGCAUGUUGUGGGUCCUUGAGACGACAGAUGGGAGUUGCAUGUCUCAACCAUCCUUAGGUGCAUGGAAAGCUUUUCAUAUUGAGGUCUAGGAUCUUGCUUGUCUAAACAGAGUGCACUUCACGCUUUAGAAUCUCCUCUUAGAAGCAUAUAUUGUGGAUUUCAGGGCCUGCAAUACAAGAAGCAAUGCUCCCGGAGCUGUCUGACUAUGCCAAGUUGUUUUAUUGCUUAUUUUAUGCUCUUUUUUGUGUAAACAAACUUAUAUUGGUAUUCUUUUUUUAUCAUCAAAUCCCACUAGGACACACUGUGUCCGCCGCAGCUGAUUCUGGAGGAAGAGGGGCUCACUCGCAUCGCUCAGACCGUUCAGGCGCUUUUGGAGUUGCCCACGUCAGGUGCCCGUCGCUCAUCCCGUCAGGACCCCUCAGGGCUUCCUCUUCAAUCCACGACUCAAAAUCAAGAUGCCACCUCCUAGUGAUCAAGUCAUUAUUUCCAGCACAUUUCAGUUGCAUGAUGUAUUAUUAUUUUUUUUUUUUUUAUGUUAGAAUUUUUGAUCAGGAGCCAUCAUGUAAUAAUACCAGCUUGUCACAAUGUUGCCUGUUACAAUGCAUGUACAGAGGAGUUUAUGUAAAUUGCUAGCACAAAUUCUUUGUGACUAUUGAAACCGACGAAAUGAAGGACAAUAAAGCAAAUUUAACUUAAAA